UAUUCUCCUUUUGUUGCUCUUUCCUUCCUUCCAUUUUGUCUUUUUGUUUGUCUACUAAUUCAAACCUUCAUUAUAGAAGAAAAACAAACAGUAGUACUAUCAUAUCUACUAGUCCUUUCUUAUCUAAUUCUCUACAAAGACGCCACAUUUCAUUGACUUUCCCAUAAUUCUUACCAAAAUAGCUCUCCCCAACACCUAAAAACCAGUUUUCUUCCUUCAUUUUUUUCCCUUUCCAUUUAUGCUAAUAAAAUUGAAUCAGAAAAAGUGGUGGUGGUAGUGGCCAUGAAGGAUUACUCAUUCUUGUUGUAAUUUCAUUUUUGCUUCUUGGGAAAUCAAAGAGAAGGAUAGCAAUUCGAAGAACGAAGGUGAAUUGCUCACACAGGAAAGGAAGAUAGAGAGAGAUGAACGGCGUUGAUCGAGUUAUAAGACGACGAAAGAGUCUAACUGAACGGCUAGGAUUGAAAGGAAUUGGAUGUUGUGUGUCCACUUGGGGUAUCUUGCCAGCAACAACAUUAAAUGUCGUUGACGACGAAAACGACGACGUAGAAGUUACAAGUCAUCAUAUCCACACACCGCCAGAAACACCAUCAGCAACGCCGUGUCUGGCGGUGGAAGGAAGUUCAUCGAGAAUGAACUUGGCUGCGGCAUUAGCCGCAGAACGGCAGGACAGCUCGGGCUCAAGACCCGACCUGAACUUGAAUUCGGGCCUGUUAAGGCCCGAUAGUGAUGGGCCGGGUACGAUUGUACCCGGAACACCACCGAGAAUGUCGUUGAUGAGAUUAUUAGAGGAAACAGAAGUCUAUGAAGGGGAAUUAUUAAUGGAAAAAGAAGAGGUGGGUAAUGAUAGUGUGUGUUGUGUGUGUAUGAGAAGGAAAAAAGGAGCAGCAUUUAUACCAUGUGGGCACACAUUUUGCAGGGUGUGUUCAAGAGAGCUCUGGGUAAAUCGAGGUAAUUGUCCACUUUGUAAUAGAUCGAUUCUUGAAAUUCUCGACAUUUACUGAGAAAACAAAAAGAAUCCAAUGUUUGGUCAUGGAGAUUUGUAAAUUUAGAGGCACAAUUAGGAUUUAAUAUUUAAUGUUUAUGGAUUCUUAAGUUUAUGAUAUGUAUACGUAUUCAAUAAUUAAAUACAUAGAGUUUGAAUUAAUGUUACUGAAUUCUGUGGAA